GAAACGCGCCAUUCACGGUGGUUUGUCAUAAAACACCAGAAGAAGAAGAAGGCGACGGAAAAGGAAGUUGCGCCAUUACGUGAUCGAGCGUUGAGCCGACAGCGAUCACAGAUGCCGCUCGGCGAUUAAACGAUAAAGAUUUAAACAUGAGGAGGAGUAAAGCAGAAGUGGAUCGAUAUAUUUCUUCAGUUCAGAGCGCCUCUCCCUCUCAGAAACAGAAGUCAGGGAAAGGGUUUCUGUUUGCCAGACUCUACUUUGAGGCUAAAGAAUAUGAACUCGCUCAAAGGCAUGUUCAGGAGUAUUUGAGCGCACAGCCGAAGGAUCCUAAAGCACACAAGUUCCUCGGGCAGCUGUUCGAGCGUGAGGGUGAGACGGACAAAGCUGUGGGAUGUUACAAGCGUUCGGUGGAUCUGAAUCCGGCUCAGUCGGACCUGGUUCUGAAGGUGGCGGAGCUGCUGUGCGGCAAACCGGAGCCGGACAGCCGGGCCGAGUUCUGGGUGGAGAAAGCUGCCAGGCUCCUGCCGGGACAUCCCUCCGUCUUCAAUCUGAGGGAGACGCUUCUGAGCACACGAGGACAGAAUGCCUCCAACCAGCUGUACGAGCUGCUUCAGUCGGAGCUCCGGCUGCGGCCCGACGACACCUACAUCAACCUCAGGCUGGUGCGUCUGUACAGUGCUGACGGGCGGCACGAGGAGGCGCUCAAGCACUGUCUCGCGGUGGAGAAGACUGGCCUUCUGAGGGACCGUCUGGAGUGGUACGAGCUUCUGGUCAGCACCCUUCAGGAGUGUCUCUGCCAGCCGAGCGUGGCGUCGAACGAGCAGGCGUCACGCAAGCUUCACAGAGAGCUGCUGCUGGCGCUCUGCAGCCGCGUCAGACUGACACUGACGGAGAAGAGCUGUGAGGAGAGCGCUGAUGCUCUCUGGAGUUUGGACCGUGCGAUGCAGUCUCUGAAGAACACGGCCACGAACACGCUGGACGGGCUGUCGGAGGUGUUCACGGAGACGAGGGCUCAGCUGUACCUGUACGCCGGGACGCUGCUGCUGAAGAUGGCGCAGGACGGGGCGCAGCAGUGGAGGGCUGUGCAGGAUUUAGCCGCUCUCUGUUAUCUCGUGGCCUAUCAGGCUCCGAGACCCAAAGCCAAGAGUUUGAAAAGUGAGCACGCGUCCCAUGAGCCUUUGGAGCUGCUGGCCUCGGACCGCCAGAGUCAGGCGGGUCACAUGCUGUUGAAUCUGAGCGGGGACGUGGAGCAGCUGCUGAAGGACGUGGUGGAGGCGUUCGGGAACCGGCGAGCGCCGAGCUCUCUGUUCGACCUGCUCUUCAGCACACAGACCCACGAGCAGCUCUCCUUCAUCUACAACGACGAGAUGCAUGUGGUCAGCGCACACGUGCCCAGCGCCGCAGAUCUGGCCAAGUGGGACAGCGGUGCGGUGCUGCUGCACGCGGGCGAUCUUCAGCACCUGGCGUGGCUCGGCCUGCAGUGGGCGCUGAUGGAGCAGAGCGUCAGCCUGCAGCACUGGCUCAAGCAGCUCUUCCCUCGCCUCACGCUCGAGACCUCCAAACUGGACACCAACGCACCCGAGUCCAUCUGCCUGCUCGACCUGGAGGUGUUCUUGUGCGGCGUUGUGUUCAGCAGUCAGACGCAGCUGCAGGAGACGGCACGGAUGGCCUCGUGCUCCUCGCCCAAUCAGCCCCAUCAGCCCCGGUGUUUGCCUCUGAACAUCAUAAAGCUCCUGUCCUCCUCCAAGCAGCGCGAGUGGUGGGACGCCGUCUACAGUCUGAUCCACAAGAGAGCGCAGCAGGGGACGUCGGCUAAACUGCGGCUGCUGGUUCAGCACGGUCUCGGCACGCUGCGCGCCGGUGAGAAACACGGCCUUCAGCCGGCGCUGCUCAUCCACUGGGCUCAGCAUCUCACUGACGUGAGUGAACGGGUGAACUCUUACUAUGACCAGAAGGAGUAUGCAGGCCGCAGUGUGCACUACUGGAAAGUUGUGCUUCCCUUGCUUGAGAAAAUCCGAAGCAAACGCAGCAUUCCUGAACCUCUGGAGCCGAUGUUCAUGCACUUUCGCAGUAAAGACAUACAGCCUUCUCAAGUGCGAGUAUAUGAGGAAGAGGCCACCAUAAGCUUUGCCACACUUGAUGACAUCGAGGGCAACACCGAUGAGGCCAUCGCAAAGCUGGAGAAGCUCAACAGCAUCGUGUCUAACUGGCAUCUUGCUAAGAUCUAUCAGAGGCUGUCGGAGGAGGUGGGAAACGGGCUGGAGGAGACGCAGGGCAGGUGCACCAACUUCCUCCUGCAGUUCAGGAAAUACCUGACGAAGAUUUAUCAGGCCAGUCCAGAGGACUUGGACAAGUUACCUGUAUCUAUGGAGGAAGUGAUGGAUUCGCUGAACGAAGUCAACCAGCAGCUUGCAGAUGAUGGCGAGCGGGAUGAAGAUCAGGUGGACUAUCCGCUGACGUCCAGCCCUGGUCAUCCCACAGAACCGCAUGUGAAAUUCUCCACUCCGUCCCCAUCCAAAAGUGUCACGUCUCCAUCCAAAAGAUCUGUGUUCUCACCCAAAACGCCUCCUCAUUGGGCCGAGGACCAUAAGUCCCUCCUGCAGAUGUUGUGCCAGCAGGUCGAGUCCUUGAAGAAUGAGGUUCAUGACCUGCGGCAUAACUCCUCUGAUGGUACACCAUCCUCAUAUAGGAUGUAUCGAGAUAAUUAUACUGCAGAAGGACUUCAGGAAGCAUUUCCUGGAGCACAGGCAUUCCAUGGUGUUCCUCUUACCGUUGCCACUACAGGUCCCUCUGUGUACUACAACCAGUCUCCAGCAUAUAAUUCACAGUAUCUUCUACGCACUGCUGCAAAUGUUACACCAACAAAGGGCCCAGUAUACGGGAUGAAUCGUCUUCCUCCACAGCAGCAUAUGUAUGCCUACCAACAAUCAACACACACCCCACCUCUUCAGUCAACUCCCGCAUGCAUAUAUCCUCAAGAGCAGGUCUUUGGUGCUCCCAUUCGAUUUGAGUCACCGGCUACAUCCUUACUCUCACCAUACAGUGAAGAGUAUUACGGUCACAAUGUUCCUCAACCUACAGUCAAUCCAACAUUGCCAGAACCUGGGUAUUUCACUAAGCCAUGUGUCGUUACACCCACGCAGCCAUCCAGGAGCAGUGAAAGCAAGCCUGCUGAUCCCAAGAUGAGUUUUGGGUCGCAGUUCACAGGUGAACCUCCUAAGGUUCCAAACUUUGGGGGUGUUGCCAUUGCCCCGUCAACAUCAGCAACAACUGCAUUCAAGUUCAACUCCAAUUUCAAGUCAAAUGAUGGUGAUUUCACCUUUUCCUCUGCUCAGAUGAAAAAUAGUGAAAGCCUCUUGGGACUUCUGACAUCAGAUAUUCCUCCCAAAGUAGAGGGACCAUCAGAACCAAAACAUCAGAACCAAGACCAGCCGCCUAGCCAAAGUGGAGUCUUUACUUUUGGGAGUAAAAUUACCACAGGAUUUACAUUCACUGAUGCUGCUCAGAGCAAAAUGAGUGUUUUUGGCAACACUGACCAAAGAUUUAGCUUUGCAAGUGGAACCAAACCAGUAUUGGGAAAUCCAGAGGCUCGGGAAGAGAAAAAUGGGGAAAGUGAUAAUGACAGCACCCAUGUGGAGGAGGAUGAGGAUGGCCCUCAUUUUGAGCCCAUUGUGCCUCUUCCUGAUAAGGUUGAUGUGAAAACUGGUGAGGAGGAGGAAGAGGAGAUGUUCUGCAAGAGAGCAAAACUCUUCCGGUUUGACUCUGAGACUAAAGAAUGGAAAGAGAGGGGAAUUGGAAGUAUCAAAAUUCUAAAACACAGAACAUCUGGGAAAGUUCGUCUGUUGAUGAGGAGGGAACAGGUUCUCAAAAUCUGUGCUAAUCACUAUAUCACUGCAGAUAUGGCCCUCAAACCAAAUGCUGGAUCUGACAAGUCUUGGGUGUGGUAUGCAAUGGACUAUGCAGAUGAAAUGCCGAAGACUGAGCAGUUGGCCAUUCGUUUUAAAACUGCGGACGAAGCUGCACUGUUUAAAGUCAAAUUUGAGGAGGCUCAAAAAUUCCUUCAAGAGUCCCCACAAGGCCAACAGUUGGAAAAGAAAGGUGAAACUCCAAAGCCUCAAGUUUCAUCCAAAGAAAUGGAUCUUAAAACACUGUUUUCCAAGAAGAAGGGUGAAUGGGACUGUGACACUUGCUGUGUAAGAAACGCUCCCACAUCUGUGGUAUGCGUUGCCUGCAACAGUGCAGCUCCUUCCACAGCGAAGGACAAACCUGUAGAGUCCCCACUCUUCCAACAGUUGGAAAAGAAAGGUGAAACUCCAAAGCCUCAGGUUUCAUCCAAAGAAGUGGAUCUUAAAACACUGUUUUCCAAGAAAGAGGGUGAAUGGGACUGCGAUGUGUGCUGUGUACGAAAUGCUCCCACAUCUGUGGUAUGCGUUGCCUGCAACAGUGCAGCUCCUUCUACAGCAAAACCUGUAGAGCAACUCAAAGGCUCUGCGCCCACGGCUCCUCCUGCUAAAGUGUUUUCUUUUGGGCUCUCUGGAGAUUCUGAUAAGAAUGCCAUCAGCACUGAUGUCAGCUCAAAGGGCUUAGCAUUUGGGUCUCAAAUACCAGUUUCUUUUCAGUUUGGAUCAAAUGAUGCUACAGUAACAUCUGUUGGCCUUGCAGGUCAGUCUGAUAAGAAAACUAUUCAGACUGAUGCACCACAACCUGCGAAAGUGUCAGCAGCUCCAUCAUUCUCCUUUGGCUCUGGAUUUGGCGCUCAAUUCGCCAAGAAAGAGGGUCAGUGGGACUGUGACUCCUGCUUAGUGAGGAAUGAUGCUUCAGCAACUGAAUGUGUUUCUUGCAAAGCCCCCUGCAGCACUGGAUUAGCUGCCAUGUUUGGUAAAAAAGCAGGACAGUGGGAUUGUGACACUUGCCUGGUAAGAAAUGAAGGUACAGCUAGCCACUGUGUCUCUUGUCAGGCAGCAAACCCAAAUAUGAAAGGCAAGACCUCUACUGCACAAUCAAGUUCCUCAUUUAACUUCAGUUUUGGUAGUUCUAGCAAGCAACCUGCUGCAACAGGAUUUACAGCCAAUUUCAAUCCAGGUCCUGCUUUUCAGUUUGGUACAAGUAAGGAUAAAACAUCCUCAGAAAGUUUCAAGUUUGAGCCCUCUACAACUCAGGCUGAUAAGUCAUCAAGCAGUUCAAAUUUUUCAUUCUCCAUGCCAGCGCCUGCUGGUGGUUUCAAGUUUGGCAUUACAGAAUCUGAGGCAAAAGCAUCAGAUGGACCGUCACAAAGUGGGUCUGCUUCUGACCUCCUCAAAAAUAUUGCUGAGCUUCACAGAGAGAAGGAAAAAGAGUCAAUUCCAAGUUCCUCAGAUGAGACUGUAGACUCUGGUAGUCACGAUAAUAAUCCCCUCAUUACCGGUGGGCCUAACUCUUUUAGUUUUGCUGACUUUGCAAAGUCCUCACAAGGUAGUUUUCAGUUUGGCCAGAAGGAUAUUGUUGAACUUCACGGAGAGAAGGAAAAAGAGUCAAUUCCAACUUCCUCAGAUGAGCCUGUAGACUCUGGUAGUCACGAUGAUAAUCCCCUCAUUACCAGUAAGCCUAACUCCUUUAGUUUUGCAGACUUGGCCAAGUCCUCACAAGGUAGUUUUCAGUUUGGCCAGAAGGAUAUAGUAGAACUUCACGGAGAGAAGGAAAAAGAGUCAAUUCCAAGUUCCUCAGAUGAGCCUGUAGACUCUGGUAGUCACGAUAAUAAUCCCCUCAUUACUGGUAAGCCUAACUCCUUCAGUUUUGCAGACUUGGCCAAGUCCUCACAAGGUAGUUUUCAGUUUGGCCAGGAGGACCCCACUUUCAAAGGCUUUGCAGGGGCUGGUGCACAGCUCUUUACAGGAAUUAAUUCCAGCCCCAGGCCAGACACCUCUGCCGAUCAAGAUGAUGAAAUGUACAAAACAGAGGAGAAUGACGAUAUUCAGUUUGAGCCGGUUGUUCAGAUGCCUGAGAAGGUUGACCUUGUUACAGGGGAAGAAGAUGAGAAAAUCUUGUAUUCACAGCGUGUCAAACUCUUCAGAUUUGAUACGGAAACAAGCCAAUGGAAAGAAAGAGGAGUUGGCAACCUUAAACUGCUUAAAAAUAAUAAGAAUGGGAGACUUCGAGUUCUUAUGAGGAGAGAGCAGGUGUUGAAGGUAUGUGCUAAUCAUUGGAUCACAACCACAAUGAAUUUAAAGCCCCUCUCUGGGUCAGAUCGUGCCUGGAUGUGGAUGGCCAAUGACUUUUCAGAAGGAGAUGCCAAAUUAGAACAGCUUGCGGCAAAAUUCAAAACACCAGAGCUUGCAGAAGAGUUCAAGAUAAAAUUCGAGGAGUUUCAGCGGCUGCUAUUGGAUAUUCCUUUACAGACCCCUCACAAGCUUGUGAAUACUGGCAGAACAGCCCAACUUAUACAGAAAGCUGAAGAAAUGAAAUCUGGUCUUAAAGACCUCAAAUCAUUCUUGACUUACCAAAGCAAGGAUGAUGAAAAUAGCGUAGCAGGUAACAGUACCUCUACAGUCAUAGUCAAGCUCGACUCUGAAAGCACCGGAACUGCUUUAGAAUGGGAUAAUUACGAUUUGCAAGAGGAAGCGCUCAAGAACUAUGAUAAUUCCUCUGUGUGCGAUGCCCCUUCGCAGCCUGAUUCAGUAGCAAAGAGUUUGUUCCGUUUUGGCGAAUCGUCCACAGGCUUUAGUUUCAGUUUUCAGCCUAUUCUCAGUCCCUCCAAGUCUCCAUCUAAGCUAAACCAGAGCCAGGCUUCUGUUGGCACAGAUGAUGAACAAGAAGCAUCGCAAGAGGAAGAGCGAGAUGGUCAGUACUUUGAGCCUGUUGUGCCAUUGCCUGAUCUUAUCGAGGUCUCAACGGGGGAAGAGAACGAACAAGUCAUUUUCAGUCACCGGGCCAAACUAUACCGCUAUGAUAAAGAACUUAGUCAGUGGAAGGAACGAGGUAUAGGAGACCUUAAAAUACUACAAAACUAUGAAACGAAACGUGUCAGACUUGUGAUGAGACGGGACCAGGUCCUCAAACUGUGUGCAAACCAUUGGAUUGAUUCAAAUAUGAAGCUUGAGCCCAUGAAAGGAGCUGAGAAAGCGUGGAUCUGGAGUGCCUUCGAUUUUGCCGAAGGGCAGGGCAAGGUUGAACAGUUGGCUGUACGAUUCAAACUUCAGGAAACGGCAAGUACUUUCAAAGAGGUCUUCGAAGAGGCAAAGACCGCCCAGGAAAAAGACACUCUUCUCACCCCACUUUCCGCAAGAGUACCUGCUUUCACCCAAGAGGCACUCUGUGGUAAUGCUGCAGUUGCUUUAUUUGAGGAAACAACAAAAGAACGUACUGGACUUCCUGAGGUUGAAAGCAGUCCUAAACAGGAUGGUACACCUGGGGCAGAGCUUGGUGCUCAAAUUACCAAGACUGUGGUCUCUCCUCCCAAGUUUGUCUUUGGGUCAGACUCUGUGCAGAAGAUCUUUGGGAGCCCUGUGUCAUCAAAAGAGAAAUCUCCUGUUAUGAUUCCCAGUCCAAAAGAUGAGGAAACGAGUGCCUCAAAACUGAAAACCUCUGGACAGGCAGUGACCGGUCAGCCAUCCGUUGGGACUUCUUUCAGCAUUCCAACAAGAAGUUUGGAUUUUAGGCUUUUCAAAAAUAAUCCAAUGGCAUUUUGGAGCUGCACAUCAGCCACCCAGUUUGAAGCUUCGCCUCGGUCAGAACAGAAGAGCACUGAGGACGUGUGCGAUGAUGACGUUGAGAUUAUAUUUGAGCGAAAGCCAACAAGAGAGCAAGCAGAACUGGCCGCUCGACUGAUGCUUCCUCCUACGUUCUUCUGUUACAAAAAUGACCCAGGAUACAUCAGCGAUGAUGACAAUGAUGAUGAAGAUUUUGAAACCGCAGUGAGAAAUCUGAAAGGAAAGCUGUAUCCGGACGGAGCUGAUGGGGCGUCGGAUCAUGACUCUGAGUGCACACUACUGUGGGAGAAGAAGCCGACUGCAGCCGAGGAGCAGAGAGCCCGACGCCUGCAGCUGCCGCCCACCUUCCUGUGCGGCGUCAGCAGCGACUCCGAGGCCGAGGCCGAUCGGACGGACGACUUCAGCUCCGAGCUCCAGAAACUACAGCUCGCACAGGUGAAGCUGAAGCCUUCCCAUGAUGCUGCAGCAGAAGAGCCUCCCGCGGACGGCAGCCGGCCCAUUGACCUCUCCACAAAGAGGAGCGAGGCCGACUCCAGCUCCACCGAAGCAGGUCUUUCUUUUGUGUUUGCAUCUGAGAGUGCGUUUACGUUUGCAGACUUGGCAAAGACUUCAGGAGAAUUCGCUUUUGGCAAAAAGGAUGCUAAUUUUACGUGGUCAAACGCCGGAGCCACAGUCUUUGGAAGUGCACCAACACGAAAUGAUGGAGAGGAAACACACAAUGAAGGAGAAGAGGAGGGCAGCGAUGACGAAUCGCCCCGUAAUGAGGAGAUCCACUUUGAGCCGAUCGUGUCCUUGCCAGAGGUGGAGGUGAAGUCUGGCGAGGAGGACGAGGAGAUCCUGUUCAAAGAAAGGACCAAACUCUACCGCUGGGACCGCGAGCUCAACCAGUGGAAGGAGCGUGGCGUGGGAGACAUCAAGAUCCUCUUCCACCCCGUCAAGAAGUGCUACCGUGUGCUGAUGAGACGCGAGCAGGUGCUGAAAGUCUGUGCCAACCACACCAUCAGCAAGAGCAUUGAGCUCAAGCCCAUGAACACCUCGGCCAACGCGCUGGUGUGGACCGCCACCAACUACUCAGAGGGAGACGGGAAGGUCGAGCAGCUCGCGGCCAAGUUCAAGACUCCAGAGCUGGCCGAGUCCUUCAGACGAGCGUUCGUCGACUGCCAGAGCCUCAUGUCGCGGGCCGACUGCGCUCAGAUGUCCGUGGCCGAGGCGCUUUCACGAGACACCAACCCCGUGGUGUACUUCGACAUGGGGGUCGACGGCGAGCCUGCUGGGAGAAUCGUCAUGGAGCUGUUCGCUCACAUCGUUCCCAAAACCGCAGAGAACUUCCGGGCUCUGUGCACGGGCGAGAAGGGCUUCGGUUUCCACAGCUCCGUCUUCCACAGGAUCGUCCCUGACUUCAUGUGUCAGGGCGGCGAUAUCACCAACGGGGACGGCACUGGAGGAAAAUCCAUCUACGGAGGGAAGUUUGAGGACGAGAACUUCGACGUGAGGCACACGGGCCCGGGCCUGCUGUCCAUGGCCAACCGCGGCAGAGACACCAACAGCUCGCAGUUCUUCAUCACCCUCAAGAAAGCAGAGCACUUGGACUUCAAGCACGUGGCUUUCGGCUUCGUCAAAGAUGGCAUGGAUGUGGUGAAGAGGAUAGCAGAGCUGGGCACUAAGGACGGUAAACCCACUAAGACCAUAACCAUCACAGACUGUGGACAGCUGUAAACUUCUCUACGUUUGGCAAACUACUGUUCAUCAUGUCUGAGAUCAUGUUCCCUGAACUGUUGUGUAAAUGUGAGAUCCUGUACAUGCGCUGGUUUUAUUUUUGUCCUGUUUGUUAAUAAAUUAGAUGACAAUUAAAUGUAUACAAAAAAAAAUUUACUUUUAUGAUGAGAACUUGUUUAUUCCAGAGUUACCUCAGUGUGGGUUGAGUUUACAAGGUUGGCUUUCUUUGUUAUAAGUGUAUUUUGUCAUAUUUCACACCAGCAGUGUUUCAGAUAAAGCUGAAAUACAGUUCUGCUGUUCUGCCUCUGUCCAACAUGAGCUCCCACAAAAACAGCAGCGACGCUUUAUAUUUUUAGUCUCCUGAACACAAAAUAAAGUUGUUUCACUAUU